CCGUUUUGUUGCCGGAAGCGUCGAGUGGAGGUCACGGGGGAGAGGGUAAAGGUGCCCUCUGGGCCAUGCAUUGAGUGCUGCGGUCAUUCUUGGUUGAGGAUAUGGCCAAUCCUCUGAGGAGAGAGGUAGUGAAGCUCUAUAAGAAUCUUUUGUACCUCGGACGGGAGUAUCCAAAAGGGGAAAUCUACUUCAAGGAGCGCCUGAAAAGGGCCUUUAUUAAAAAUAAAGAUGUCACCGACCCCGAGAAGAUUAAAGAACUCAUUGUUAGAGGUGAAUUUGUUGUUAAAGAGAUCGAAGCUCUAUAUUAUCUGAGAAAGUACCGAGCCGUGAAACAGCGCUACUAUGAGGAAAGCCCCAAGUGACGACUUC